AUGAGCAUUUGUGAACAGUGUGUAAAAUUGGAAGAUAAAUUUGUAGACAUAACCAUUAAAUAAGUUGCUUAUUUAAGCUAAUAAAAGAAGUUUAUUCUUUUAACCUAAAAAAAUGAUGUGUAUUUCUUCCUAGAGGAUUAGAAAUAAAUUAUAUAAGCUAUGUGUUCUUCCAAGAAUAAUAAAAAAGAACUUUUAUAAUUUUCAUAGAAUUCUAAAUCAGAAAAAUUGGAAUAAUUAUUAUCAUGCCCUAGUGGAAAAUAUUUUUAUUUUUCUAAUGGUGAAAACUGUUUUAUGUAUGAUAUAAACGGUUUGGAAGUGAGAGAGAUAAGAGUUAAUGGAAAAAUUAAAAUUUUUGAGGAUAAAAGUGAUAUUAUAAUUAUUGAUAACAUCACCAAAAUAGAAUAAAAUAAUAGUGUUAUUGUCUUAGCAAAUGCAAUAAAAUAAAAAACAAUAAAUAAAUUGGGAGAUGAAGAAAAAUAGAUCGUAGGAAAUCCAUCAUUAGAUAUUAUAAAAGGAUCAUGUAUAAAAUUUGGCCCUAAUUCUGUAUUUUUAUCAACAUCGAAAAAGAAGUAGAUUUCUUUUUAAAUAGAUAAAUAAAGAUUCAGUCAGAUAGAAUCAUAUUUCAAUAAAAUAAAUUUAAAUAAUAAUAUAAAUUUAGAUGUUGCGAAACUGUAAUUUUCUGAGAUUAGCUAGUAAGAUCUUCAAAGUAUUAUGUUUUCAAGAGUUCCUUUAUAAUUGUGUACAACUGAAAAUGGUAUUUUGAUCCCUUUGUUUGAUGGAUUUCGCAAAGAAACCUCAACUGAAUAGAAAGUAUGUGUUUAUGAAAAAUCUAAAUAAUUAAGGCUAGGGUUUAUUGAAGAAUUUUUGAUAAAUAAUUAAACUAAUAUUUUUGUAAUAGGAAUUAUUGGAAAAUAAUCAUCCGGGAAAAGCUACCUAUUAAAUAGAGUAUUUGGUACAAGAUUUUCAGUUUCAUCUGCAAGGUGUACCGAUGGUAUAUGGGCAAGUAUUGGGUGGAUCGAAGGCUAAAAAUUUUUAAUCUUAGAUUGUGAAGGUCUAUUUAAUUCAGCAAGAACUAAUUAAGAGGAAGUUCAGAUGUUGGCCUUUUUGACUGCGAUCUGUGAUAUAUCAAUCUUAAAUUCAGAUAUUACUUUCAAUCGCUAUAUGAAUGAUUUGUUUAAUAAUUUAACUAAUGCCUCCUCCUAGUUAAAAGGAGAAACCUUGUUUAAAGGAUAAUUACAUAUAGCUUUAAGAGAUGUUAGCUCUACUGAUAACUCUGGGAUUGAUAAUGAAUUAUUAACUAAUCUUUAUAGACUAAAAUCAUAAGACUCUUAAGAUAUUGUUUUUUUAAAGAAAUUAUUUAAUAAUAACUUUACUGUUGAGAAACUAUUCAAUUUUGAACAUUAAUAAUUUGAUGAAUAAAUAAUAAACCUUCGAUAAUAUUUUUCUAAAAGGGCUUAGACAUCCAAAAGGUGGGAGGAUGGGAGAAAAUUGGUCUAGAUGAUGAAAAUAUUAUUGUGUCAAUUGGAGUUGUCUGAUCAUGGAAAUGCAAAUUUAAUUGAUAUAAAACUUUAGGUUGAGAAAAUAAUUGAGAAUUAAAUAAAGUUAUGGCAUUAAUUCUCAAUUAACUAACCACAAAAUUGUAAACUAGCUUAGUAGGAAUAUGAAUUUCCUGAAAAUUCUGAGGAGAUUAUUUUCUUUAACAGUUCUUUAUUAAAAUAAGUCUAAAAAGAUCUGCAUUUGAACAAUACUAUUUUGAAUCAUAAUGAAAAUUUAAAUUAAAUGGAAAAUGAAAUUCAAAAGUUAAUGAUAUAAAGAAAAGAAUAUAUUUUAGAAUAAACUAAAUAAGAAUUAUAAAAAUAUCAGUAACCUGAAAUAAUUGAAAUUAAAAGUAAAGAAGAAGGAUUAUUAACUAUUUACAUCAAUAAUUAAAUUCAAUAAUAUUAGUUCUGUAAGGAAAAAUGCUCUCAUUGUUAUUUACAAUGCAAUUAAUUCAAGAAUCAUAUCAAAGAAUAAGAAAAAUUGAUAACUACACUUUAAGAAUAAUAAAAGACCUUAGAAAAAGAAAUUGCUGAAACAAGUAUUAAGACAGAUGAUGAAUCACAACAAAUUUAAUAAAGAUUAAUUUAAAUUUCUGAAGAACUUUAAGAAUUGGAUAUCAAUAUUUCUUAGAAAGAGUAAUUAUAAAGAAAAGAAAAAAUAUAUAGUAAAAUAAUAAAAUAAAAUUUGAAAUUAUAAUAAUUUUCAUUUUGUGAUACAUAAAAGAAAUAAGUCAUUCUAGAAAAUUUAGAUUUAAAACAAAUAUAAAAUCAGAAGUUUAGUGUUGAUUUAACAGCUGAAAAUCUUGACAAGAUAAUCAAUGAAAUUAAAAGCAGUCAAGAAAAGAAAAACCAAUAAUUAGAAGAAAAUCUUAUUGUAUUAGAAUAAAUCUAAAAUGAUAUAAAAAUUAAAGAAAAAUUAAUAAAAGACAUAUAAAAUGAAAUACAAAUGAAAUAGGAUAAUCAUGCAAAAUAAUCAUUAUAAAAGGAUGAACUUGAAAAUACCUUGGCUCAUUAAUAAAACGAACUAAAUAUCAUCAAGUAAGAUUAGUAGAAGUUAGAAUAGACCCUAUUAUAAUGGGUAGAUUUCAAAAUAGAAAACCAUAAAUUAAUUGAAUAGUAAAAGUAAAUUGAGGCAAGAUUUUUAGAUGAAGAAAAAAAAGAAUGUAAUAUAAAAAGAUAAAUAACAAUUUUAGAACAAAAAUUAAAUGAUUUUUAAUAACAAAAACUAACAAUCUAUAAAGAAACUGAAUUAUUUGAAGAGUAAAAAGAAAUAAGAAACGAAAAAGACAUGUUACUUAAAGUUUUGAAUGAUUUAUAAAAAUAAAUAGAUAAGAUUGAUAAACUUAGGUCUAUAAAACAACUAUUUCCAAACGUAUCAGCCAUUUAAACAAAAGAAAAAUCGAAAUUAGAAUCUGAGCUUAAAAUCACAAUUGAUUCAGAUCUUGAUUUGAAAUAAAAGGAAAUAGAAGAAACUAAAAGUGCAUAUUAAGAAUAAUUAAAAAAAUAAAAAUUUGAAGAUCUAGAAAUUUUAGAAUAAAUAUAUAAUGAAUAGAAAGAAACAACUUCAAAUUAAUCUUAACUAGAAAAGAUUGUUUAUCAACGUUAUGUCACUCAUAAGUAAUAAGAAAAAAAAGAUUUAAUCGAAGAGUUGGAAAAUUUAAAAGAAAAUGCUUAAAAGAAUUAAUAAAACAUGAACUAAUUGAAAAUUGUUUCAGAAAAUUUGUCCAUUUAUUAAAAGUUAUAAAAUUAAUAAAAAUAAACAGAGAAUUUUAUGAAUGAAAUCAAAGAUUAAUUAAUUAAAAUAAAUAAUAACAAAAGGACUAAUUAUAAUAAGAUCAUUAAUAAUAAAUUGAAUAAAUUGAACUUUUUAAAAAUAACAACAACCUUAUAGAAAUUAACAAAUAAAUAGAAUAAUCAUAAGAAAAUAUGA